AGUUGUGAGACUGUAGCUCAAUAAGUGAUUCGGAUACCUGGAGGAAGGUCCUAGUGUCUCGUUCAAGUGUAUUUUUUAAGAGAAAUAGCAUUGAAAAAAGGGUGUUAAAAUGCAUUUUCGCUAAGUUUAAAUUGCAAAUUCAACCACAAGACAUUGGGAAAAGCGUGAAAAUUCGUUUUUUCAUUAGGAUAUGUGUUGAAGAAGAAAAAUUUUCCUCUCAUUUUCCACCCAUACAUCUCUCGGAGUUAUCUUUUUCCUUUUUGCCAUUUUUGCAGAUAUACCAAAAAAAAAAUUCAAUACUUGUGCUCACUUUGUCCGAUUCAUUUUAUUCCUGUUUUUCAACCCCCUCAACAAUAUCGUUUUAAAUACAACCACCACCCCCGAAAGAAAAGUGUAUCGUUUUAUUUAAUGGUGCUGCCCAUGGAAUUAGAAUCACUCAAUUUGUGCGUGUGUGCUUGAUAAAAAAAAGGAGGAAAAACGAAGUUUUCGCAGUUUUGUAGAGAAGAGAGAGAAGCAAAAAAAAAGUUUAGAAAAUUCCAGUGUGAAGUUUCGGGGUGAAAGGGACACAGAGAGAAAGGAAAGGACGAUGAUAUUGGACAUUGUUAAAAUUGUCUCCUAAUUCAGUGCCAUUAUACCAAGAAAUGUUCACUGUUCAGCAUCUUUCUGCAAAUCACGUAGAAGUUGAUAAGAAUUUUCCACCCUCAAACAAUCAUGGACGAUUCAAAAAUUCAUCAUAUAACCAUACUCUUAUUAAAACCUCCACCGUGCUAAAAAACUGUUUCACAGCUUGCAAAACGUAACACUGUUCAUCUUUUAUUUCGACACUUCAAAAAAAUAAAAGUUUAAUAAUAAUUUUCGAUAUAAAAACCCACCUUUAAAAAAAAUUCCGCAAUCUCACCUUUGUUUGUAAGUUAAUUCAAUAUUAACGCAUCAAAGAAUUAUGACAAAAUUUUAAGCAUCUCUCACUUUAAUAAAAUAAAAAAUUCGCCUCAUAAAUGAGCAUCAAAACCAAAAAUAAAAGAAAAAUUAAAUAAAUAAAGAAAAAAAUCUGAAGACGAAUAAAUAAAUAAAGAAUUAUUAAAGUAAAUGUUAAGUACUAAAAGAGUAAGAAAAAUGCGAGUUAUGCAUAAACUGUCUAAAACAAAUUAUAAAUUUGGUGUUAAUAAACGGAAGAAAUGAAGAGAACGCACUAAAUCUGCAAGUUUUUAAACAAGAAAAAGAGACUUAAAAAAAAACAUCAUCAAGAGAAGAACAAAAAUGAUGAAAGGGAUUGUUUCUAUAGUUUUGUUCUUUGACAUGAAUGGAAAGCUUUCUCUCAAACCAAUGAAUCGACUAAUAAACUACAAAAUUCCAUAGUAGAUAUGAAAACAAGACUGUGAUCGAAAAUACUUGAUAGGAGACAGAGGUUGUGAGUGGAUUGAUUAAGAAGAAAAAAAAGAAAAUAAGAAGCAAAGCUGCCAGGAUCGAGGAAAUUUUUAUGUUUGGAUUGGAGAUAAAAAAAGAGGAAAGAAAAACAAGGCAAUACUUCAUCACUUGAGCAACGCUAUACUUACCACAAGAAGAAAAACACACCAAAAAAAAGCACUAAUUGGAUUUUUGCAAUCAAUUCGGAUACAUUGGGGAUCGCAUCAAAAUAUUCCCCAAUAAAAAUCACUUCUUUUUUGGAGAUGGAUACAUUUCUGCUCACACUGCUGGUCUUCCUUAUGAUUAUUACAGAAAGUUUACAGGGCCCACAUGAAAAACGACUGUUAAAUAAUCUCUUAGCAACGUACAAUACACUAGAACGACCAGUUGCUAAUGAAUCAGAAGCAUUGGAGGUAAAAUUCGGUCUAACUCUACAACAAAUAAUUGAUGUGGAUGAAAAGAAUCAGAUUCUAACUACAAAUGCGUGGUUAAAUUUGGACGAGAAGAAUCAACUCCUAAUAACAAAUAUAUGGCUUUCUUUGGAAUGGAAUGACUACAAUCUUCGAUGGAAUGAGAGUGAAUAUGGCGGUGUGAAAGAUUUACGAAUAACACCAAAUAAAUUAUGGAAGCCUGAUGUCCUCAUGUAUAACAGUGCGGAUGAGGGAUUCGAUGGCACGUACCACACAAAUAUUGUGGUCAAACAUAACGGCAGUUGUCUGUACGUGCCCCCUGGCAUCUUCAAGAGCACAUGCAAGAUAGACAUCACGUGGUUCCCAUUUGAUGAUCAACAUUGUGAUAUGAAAUUCGGUAGUUGGACAUAUGACGGAAAUCAGUUGGAUUUGGUGCUUAAUUCAGAGGAUGGUGGUGAUCUAUCAGAUUUUAUCACAAACGGGGAGUGGUAUCUCCUCGGAAUGCCCGGGAAAAAGAAUACCAUAACUUAUGCGUGUUGUCCGGAGCCUUAUGUCGACAUUACAUUUACAAUACAAAUACGUCGGAGGACGUUAUAUUAUUUUUUUAAUUUAAUUGUUCCGUGUGUUUUGAUUUCAUCAAUGGCUCUAUUAGGAUUUACAUUGCCACCGGAUUCGGGGGAAAAAUUGACACUAGGAGUGACAAUUCUUCUUUCCCUCACGGUUUUUCUCAACCUAGUGGCAGAGACUUUACCUCAAGUAUCUGAUGCCAUUCCUUUGUUAGGUACAUAUUUCAAUUGCAUCAUGUUCAUGGUAGCAUCUUCCGUUGUACUAACUGUGGUAGUCCUCAAUUAUCAUCAUAGAACAGCAGAUAUCCACGAAAUGCCACCUUGGAUAAAAUCCGUUUUCCUGCAGUGGCUUCCGUGGAUCCUACGUAUGGGAAGACCUGGUAGAAAAAUAACGAGAAAAACAAUUCUACUUAGCAAUCGCAUGAAGGAAUUGGAACUGAAAGAGCGCUCCUCAAAAUCACUUUUAGCAAAUGUGCUAGAUAUUGACGAUGAUUUUCGACAUGUAGGAAUAUCCGGCUCCCAAACCGCAAUUGGCCAAUCAGCUUUCAGUAGACCAAAUACUGUGGAGGAGCAUCACUCAAUGGGUGGAUGCACACACAAAGACUUGCACUUAAUAUUAAAGGAAUUGCAAUUUAUUACGACAAGAAUGAAAAAGGCGGACGAAGAAGCUGAACUCAUAAGUGAUUGGAAAUUCGCCGCGAUGGUUGUCGAUAGAUUUUGCCUCAUUGUUUUCACAUUAUUCACAAUAAUUGCGACAGUCACUGUUUUACUUUCUGCUCCGCAUAUCAUCGUGCAGUAAUCAUGGAGAAGAAGAAAAAAGGACAACUUAUUAGACAUAAGUUUGAGGAGAAAAAAAAUGUUAAAAAUAAAUGAAAAAAAAGAUAUUUUGAAUAACGAAACUGCCGUAAAAUAGAAACAAAAACAAAAAAUAAUUUGUAUGUUAAAAUGGUACAAAAUAAUUUGAUUUAAUUUGUUCGUUAACGAAUAAUGGAGGCUGUUUUCGCAUAAAUCUUAAUCUUUAACGGAGAAAUGCGUCGAUAUAAAACUAAUUUUUCAUUUUCAAUCGACAAUUUUUAAACUCUUUUCUUUGAGCCAUUUUACUUUACAAGGUCGCAUUAAAAUACAUUUUAAAGAAAAACAUCAUUGCACUCUAUAACCGUUCCUAUACAUCUUCUUACCAUAUAGCGACGAACAAAUAUCUUCUCCUUAAUUGAAAUUUAAUUUAAUUUGUACGUUUACCAAAUAACGUGAGCAAAAAAAAGCUCAGUCACGUACUAAGCGCUAUUGUUGCUAAAAAAAAAACUUGACGGGAAUUUCUUCUAACUUCCUUUACUAAAUAGUUAUAUAGAAGAAUGAAAAAAAAGAGUAAAUAAAAUGAUAAAAUAAAGAAACUUAUCAUGGAGCAUAAAUAGGUAAUUAUAAGUAUCAGAAUUCUUGAAGAAGAAGAAGAAAAAAUGAAUGAGACAUGUUUAGAAUUAAUAUUAGGAAUUUUAUACAUAAUUUCUUCAAAUUUAAAUUGAUCUUACAUCUGGAAAUCAUCUAUAUGUAGAUGGAAAUUGAAAAUGCAUAUUUCUACGAAUAAGCAAAAAAAAAGUGGCGUAUAUGUUUAAAAUAUACGUAAAAUUUUUUAUAUGGAACGCACACUACAUAGAAUGAAAGUGAAACUUUGUAUAAAUUAUUUCUCGCUGAAUUUCGAAAAAUUUUUUGGUUAAAUAAAUCUAUUUAAUAGUUUCCGUUCAACACGUAACGAAUUUCAAACAAUUACAAAUAACCAAAAACCCUCUUUUUUUGUUUUAAUUUAAAAGUCAGAAUGAAAUAAUUAUACAUUCAGAAUUAUUUAUUUGCCAAAAACAGCUUGAGAGAAUAAAUGCAAAAAUCAAAAGAAAAAAGUUUAAAAUACUUUUCAAUAUGUAUUUCUGUGUAUUAGUGGAGGACAAAUGAAAGGGACUUGAUAAUUUUCUUCUAGUUAUGACUAGAAAUUUUCACGUUAAAUAUCACCCGCAACGGGGUAUCGACUACUAAAACAAAAAAAAAAGAAAUCGAAUAAAAUGUUAGUCAAAUCGUAAAUAUUUCACAAUUUCGUUUACACUUUAAAGAGAAUUUUAAAAAUUAAAUUAGAUAUUAAUCUGUGGAUCAUUUAAUUAAAAAUCUGAAGCUUUAAUUAAUUAGUUAUUAUAUAUUGACAAAAAUGUACCAAGUACAUAAAUGGAAAAGUUAUUCAUUAAUAGGAAUUUAUCAAAAUGUGACAGAUUGAAGGUAAUAUUUAAUUGAAAAUAUUUAUAUUUAAAAAUAUAUUUUAUUAUUUACAAAUUAAUUAUUCAUUUUUUUUUAUUCUGACCCAUUGCACAUAAUUUAUGUAUCAGGGUCAUUAUAUAUGAUUCGUUAAAUGCAAUUCGAAUUAAUUCAAAUUUUAUUCAUAGGCAGAGAAAAUGCAAAAAACCACAAAAUAAAAAUUAAAUCUACCUCCAAUCUGAUCAUAUUUCUUUCGCACUUUUAUAUUGUUAAGAGAGCACGAGAAUUUUGUUAUUUAGUCAAUAGCAAAUUUAUACGCACCCAGUUUAACAAUUUCUUUUUUUCUUUUAUUGUAGGAAAGAUAUUUCUUUGCAAUUUUUUUUCACAAGAAAAAAAUCACAAUCAACAAUUCUUCCAAAAACAUAGACAAUUCCAUCGUAUUACAAAAUACGAAGACAAAAUCGCGAAUUUUAACCUAAAAAAUAUAAUUUUUUGAUAAAAUAAUUAAGUAAGUAGAAUCCUAUAUCAGUUGACAUAUAGUUAGAACCUACUCUAUAUAAUUUAUUGAAUUAUCUAGAAUUUUUUUUAAACCUCUUGAGAACACACAUAAUUUUUAGACAAAUAUCUAGUAAGAAUUUAUGAAUGAGUUGUGUUUUAGAAAGAGUAAUCAAAUUAAUGAAAAAAAAGAGAUGCAAAUUAUUUUGAAAUAUAUAUAUUUAUUAAAUAUAUAUAAAUAGUUAAAGAAAAAUGUAUUAAAGAUAUGUAUUUAUAAAAAAAAAAUUCAUAAUUCAAUAAAAAAUACAUAUUAAAUUAAAAUGAAGUGAGAGGAUUAAAUAAAAAAAAAUAAAUUAAAAUGGUUUUAAUAAAAUGUCUGUGGUCGAACAACGCGAUACAAACAGACAAUGUUUCGUCACAUUGACGACUAAUUAAAAGAGAAAAUAAAAAAAAUGAUUAAAAUUUUAUUGGUAUACAUAUUACACAGAUUUAUUGAGGUAUAAAUGAAUUGAUUAUAUUGACUAAGAAAAUGCUAUUGAAUUAAAAGAAGAAAAAAUAAUUGCAGAAAAUAGGGGAAAAAUAUAAAUUAUAUUGAAUGUUUUAUCAAUAAGUAAAAGACAAAAAUUAUAUUUACAUAAAGGAAGUUAUUAAUUGAGAUAAUCCACACCAAAAUGCAGAAAACUACGCGCCAUGUAACAUUUUUCUUGCAUCAGAAGCUUUCAAUUUUCUGAUUUUGAUAACACGUUGAACGCCAUUGGACGCUGGCGUCCAAAAUUAUGUGAAGAAAAUCUCCUAAAGCACUUUGAAACAUUUUUAUAUUCUGAAACUUAACCUUUUCGGGUCUGCAUGAAACAUAAACAUUGAAACAUAAAUAAAACCUAAAUUGAAACAUGCAAUCAUAUUAUCGCUAUAUUUAUUCUGUAAAUGCUCUCAGAUGCCAUUUCGGAGUCAAAACGUCUUCUUUGGCCUCUUCCACGAAAUCUUAAUGUAUUUUUAACUUGGAGAAAUAAUUAAAUUCACUUCAAUUUGAGAAAACAAAAUGUUUCACGUUUAGGUUAGCGUAUAACCCAAGGGACGCGAAAGGGUUAAGGGAAAAUUAUGGCAUGAUUUGAACUAAAGACAUUCUGAAGAUCCAAAAAAACUAUGAAAAUAACCAGAAACUUGUUACAUGGUGUUUAAUUUAGAAUCAUUCACUAUACAAGUAGAAAUGACAGCAAAAACAAUUCUCGGGAAAUUGGAAGAAUACAUUUUGGUUAAAAUAUCUGUGUGCGUAUAAAAUAAAAAAUGCAAUUUACAAAAAAAAAGGAAAUUUUUGUAUUUUGUAUUCCAAGAAAAAGGGCCAAAGUGUAAAGUAAAUCUUCAUCAAAUUCUUUUUAAGAAAUAUAUUUUGAAAUUCUUAAUUUAAUGACGAAAAAUGAGAAAGUAAUAAAAUGCGAUAAAAAAGGAACCGGAACAGCAUUUAAAAUGUUAUUAAAGUGCAAAAGAAGAAAAGAAAAAUUAAGAUUCGGUCCUAUUUAGCGACUAAGAAAUCUUUGAGAUAUCAAGGAUUUCUUGGUCGCAGAAUACGACCCACUAUCUCCAUCGAAGACAAAAUAAAACUAUCUCGUAAUUUCAUUCAAAUAAUGUAUUGAAAUUUUUAUAUAAAAAAAAAAAUGAAAAAGAAAUGAAUAUACUUUAUAACUUUAUGUCAUGUUGACAUGCUGUAUUUAAAUUUUUACAUAAAUACAUAAUUUAUGGACACAUUUUUCAGAUGAACCUAAAUCUCUAAAAAUGGAACGAAAACAGAGUAUCUCUUAUGCACCUACUCUGUACGUUUUAAAAGUUUAAAGAAGGGAAAAUUUUAAAGAAAAAAUAUAUAUUUAAAUGAAAAUCUUUCAAAUUUUUAAAGAAUAAAAUCUUACUCCUUCACACCUGCAGUCUUAUACCUUCUAAAUUUGCGCCAGAGAGACGUAGCUUUGAAAUAAGGAUUUGAUAUUUAAAAAAAAAGUAAAGGAAUAGUAAAAAAAUAAUAUUUUUAAAGACCUGAAAGGAUGUUAAAGUAAAAAGAAGUAAAAGAGGAAAGAUAAAUAGAAUACGUAUUUUAAAUUAUCUAAUUUUUCAACUUCAAUACAUUUGAGGUGGAGGAUCUUUUCCAAUGGAAAGUAAAACUUUUUAAAAAAAUAAAUGACAUUAUUUUAAAAAUAAAGAAUAUGAGAAUUUUUUCUCAUCUAUCAUCGGUACAAUGUGCUGAGAGAGGAAAACUUUUUUGAGAAGAUUUAAAGAAUAAGAUUGCAAAAAAGGAUAAAUGAAAAUAUUUUUCAUAGAACACACUCAUACAUAGAAAAGAGAAAAUAUUACUAUUUCCCAGAGUCAAUAUGCACGGGACCAGUUCAAAAUUGAAGCUACAAAUCCAAUGGAAAAAAAAUAUUUUGCCACUAUCGAUUAUGUUGGAAAAUCGAGACAAAAGAAAAAAACCAACCAAAAAGGUAAAAUUAUUUUAUCUAAAAAAAAUGAAAAGAAUGAAACUUUCCGUUCGCAUGUCCAAAAUCACAAUAAAUAAAAAAAAUAAAAAUACAUAAAACGUUACAGGAAAAAUCACGAGGGAGAUAUAAUAUUAAACAAAAAAAAACUAAAAUCCUUUGCAUCUCAAAAAUGUGUCCAUAUUGAUGUAAUAAAAAAAAAUAGAUAAAAGAAUGUGAAAAAGAAAUAGUAAAAUAUUCAAAUAUUUAAAAAAAAAUUGCCACCGAAAUAUUUAUCGUUAUGAUACAAAAUAGAGUGAAAAAAUUAUUUUGAAAAAAUGUGGAAAAUGGAAUAAAUGAAAUUUAUUAGGUGAUGUCUUUGAGACUAUUCCCCUUUUAUUUAUUUGUUUCAUAUUGAAAACUGUUGUAUUUAAAAAGAAAUAUUAUUCUUAAAAAAACUAAUUAAAAAAAUAAAAUUAAAUAAAUAAAAAAAUGUAAAUGAGGCGUGAAAAAUCGUAUUUAAAAAAAGUGAAUAAAGCGAAGAUAAAUCUCGAUAAUUUGCUCUAAUUAAAAAAGAAAAGAAAGAAGAAUAGCAACUAUAAAGAGACAAAUCAUUGAAAAUAUGGAGGAAAAACUGAAUAUUUAUAAAAAUCUGUAUACACAAUUAGAAAAAAAUGAAUUAAAAAAUACACAUAAAAUAAAGACUUUAAAAGCGAAAUUUUUAUAUUUUGUUUAUAAAAUGAAAAAUUUUGAAAGUAUGAGAAUAUUAAAGGAGUCUUUUUAAAAGAAAAUUGAGAAAGUAAAUCGUUAAAGAGAGCAAGUUAAAAAAAAUAAUAAAUUUACUUAAAGAAAAACCAACUAAACAAAGAGUUUAAAAGACACAAUUUUGAGGUAUUUUUUUAUAAUGAAUUCUUAUUGCAAAGCAAUACCUACACACAUUAUUUUGAUGAAUGAAUUUUUAUAGUAUAUUCCAUUUAUUAAAGACACCAAUACCUAAAUUUCAAGAUCCACGACAGCUUCAUAGGGUAGUACGGGGCAAAAUGGCGCAAAGUUCAGGAGAAAAUAUAUUUCAUCUAUAUUGAAUCGGUUUAUGAUCCUAAUUAAGUGGUUAGAAUUUGAAUUCAUUCCUUAAAAAUUUUUAUGUAUAAAACCAUGAUUUCAAUCUUAAAUUGUGAUGCCUUUGAUCAUAACCUAACAUAAAAAAACGCGUUGUUGCGCGCUGUCACUGUCAAAUAGGAAACGCGUAAAUGAAAUAAAGUAAUCGUGUUUCAUUGACAAGGUGCGAGCUAUGUUACGCUAUGAUUAGGGCCUUAGAAUCGUCCUAUGCAUAGCCUAGGUCACUUUAUAACAGUUUUGUAUCAAUUAUUUCUUUUACUUUCAAACUAUAUUUAAUUCCUUAAUAAUGUGUACUAAAAAAUCAGCUAAAAUAUUUAACAAGUUUCCACGCCAUUUUGCCCCACUAACCUUUAUUCUUUAGAUCAUUUCUUUUUAAUAUUCUUACUAACCAUGGAUGGAAUUACAAUUGAAAAAAAAUUAUGUACAUAGUAGCAUUCAAUCAUGUUUGCGGGAAUGAAUAUCAGAAGAAAAAAAUCACUAAGCUUGAGAAAAUAAAUUGAAAAGAAUAUUCCAAAAGACAAAAAAUUGGCCCUAAAUACGGUACGUUGAAAAAUAAAAAAUAAAAAUAUUCCCAGCGAAUAGUCGAGACACACACCAUUUUACGUCAAUUUCAACCAUCUUGAAUGUCAAAUCGUUUUUCGUUCUUUAAAAUAGAAAAAAAAUUAAUAAAAUAUAUAAUUUCGGAGGGAAGAAAUAUACCAAGAAAAAAAAUUGGAAAUCGUAUAUUUUGCAUAUAAAAAAAUGAGAUCAUUUAAGAAGAAUUUAAGUGUUUUAAUGAAAAUCUUUGAAUGUCGAUAAAAAAUGUACGUCUGUGAGUGAAUUUUAAAUAAGUAUGAAAGCGUGUGCGACGGCCAAUAAAUAAAAAAAAUCAAUACAAUUGAGACAAAAAGAAGUCAUUAAGUGCGAUAAGAUGACACAAAAAAAAUGAUUACACCUGAGUGAACCAAAAUAAAUGUAUUUUCCGAAUUUUCUAGGUACUAAGUUCACAAUAAAUAGUAAAUAUACAUGCAUAAAAAAAUAGAUAAUUUCAAUAAUGAGCGAGAAGAAAAGAUGAAAAAUUUUUGUGAUAAAUUAAAUUAGGAGAACACCAGUUAUUAGGUUAUCAAUUAUAUAUCGAAAAAUCUGUGUAGCGACAAAAUUGCGUGUUUUCAUUUUAAUCCGAAGAAAAACCAAAAAAGAAAAAAAUGAGUAAACUAUAUUGUAGUGUGUAAAACGUAUAAUGUAUUCUCAUUUAUUAAUUAAUUUCAUCUCGAAGAUGUUUUUCUUUUCAAAUAAUUCUUUUUCAAUUAUUAAUAAUUAAAUAAUUGAUAGCCUAAUUUCGUUGAUAUUUCAUUUCUCGAUAGAAAAAAAAAGAUGUGUGUUAGGAAAAAUCUAAAAUAUUUUGGGUUCGACAGGUUUCAAGCAUUUAUGAUAACUGGCCACAUUAUAUAAAUGAAAGCAUGAAAUGAAAUAUAAAAUGUUUAAUAACGUUAA